AUACGCCCUGGAUGUGAACACGGAGCGCGCAGAGGAUGUGCUCACCCACAAGCGGCUUCUCGAAGAAGCUGCGAAGAUGCCUAGCCAGCCGGUGGUGCAUGUCCGAGCCGUGCGGGUCACAUCCGCCCUGCCAGGGGGGGCUGAUGGCGCUGCAGGGGGAGGCACGAUGGAGACUGACGAGGCGGUAGCUGAAUUCAAGCGCCAAGGCAUGCUAGCUCCACCAGCGUUCGGGUCCUCCCCGAAUCUGGACUCCCCAGUGCUGGCGGGAGGCGCCAUGUGCGCGGGCGGGGCAGGGGGAGGGGGGAUACCGGAGGGUGCAGCUGCGAACGCGGAUGGACAUUCAGACGGAAAGGGGUCCUUCAGUUCUCUCCUGCAGGUGCCCAUGCACGAAGUCACCUUCUCCACUGUGGACCGCCCCAAGCUGCUCAGUCAACAACUGUCCGCAGUGCUGGCAGUCGUGGGGCUGAACGACCAGCUCUCAGCAGUGCUGGCGGAUGUGGGGUUGAACAUUCGCGAGGCGCAUGUCUUCUCCACCUCUGAUGGGCUCUCCCUCGAUGUCUUUGUUGUUGACGGCUGGCCUUCCGAGGAUGUGGUGGAGAUGCGGGCGGCACUCAUGCGAGCAGCACAGCAAGCGGGCGAAAAUGGAGCGCAGUCAACCCUUCCAGAAGCAUCCGGCCAAUCAAAUCCCGCCAUGUCAGAAUCCGCAGGCGUGCCCAUGUCCACGUCAGCAGCCACAACAGCGGCAGCAGGACACAUGGCAGCCUCCAGUUUGUCUGGAGCGGAUUCCCGCGUGCGCAUCCCAUCGGACGGGCGGGAUGACUGGGAGAUUGACAAUGACCAGCUGAAGCUGCAGCAUAAGAUCGCCUCAGGGUCGUUUGGAGACCUCUACCGCGGCACGUACUGUGGGCAGGACGUGGCAAUCAAGAUUCUCAAGGCGGAGCGGCUGAACGACUCAUUGCAGCAGGAGUUCGCUCAGGAGGUGUUCAUCAUGCGGAAGGUGCGGCAUAAGAAUGUCGUUCAAUUUAUUGGGGCGUGCACCAAGCCCCCGAAUCUCUCCAUUGUCACCGAGUUCAUGGUGGGCGGCAGUGUGUACGACUAUCUACACAAGCACCGCGGCAGCAUGAAGCUGCCCAUGGUGCUGCGUGUGGGCAUGGACGUGGCCAAGGGAAUGGACUUUCUGCACAAGAACAACAUCAUUCACCGCGACCUUAAGGCGGCAAACCUUCUCAUGGAUGAGAACGAUGUGGUGAAGGUGGCGGACUUUGGAGUGGCGCGAGUGAAGGCCAACAGUGGCGUCAUGACAGCAGAGACUGGCACCUACCGCUGGAUGGCACCUGAGGUGAUUGAGCAUCGGGCAUAUGACCACAAGGCAGACAUCUUCAGCUUCGGCAUCACCAUGUGGGAGAUGCUGACGGGCAAGCUGCCCUAUCCAGACCUCACACCCUUGCAGGCAGCAGUCAGCGUGGUUCAACGAGGCCUGCGUCCGCCCAUCCCCAAGGGCACGCACCCGCGGCGGGCGGAUCUCUUUGAGCGCUGCUGGGCCACCAACCUUGCUUACCGCCCCGAGUUUCCUCUCCUCCCUGACUCACUCCCUCUCUGCCUCUGCCCUCCUCCCCCGUUCCCCAUUCUCCCCUCCCAGGGCCUGCGUCCGCCCAUCCCCAAGGGCACGCACCCGCGGCUGGCAGAUCUCUUUGAGCGCUGCUGGGCCACCAACCCUGCCGACCGACCUGAAUUCUCAGAGAUAAUCCGAGUCAUUGCCGAAAUUGCACAGGAGCUCGAGGAGGAUGGAGAGGCCGACCAACAGAGACGGGAGAAGCGCGGAGGGUUCUUUGCAUCAUUCAAGAGAGCAGGGUCAGGGCCUAGCCCCAUGCCAGCAGACACCCACCUGAUCGACCCCGUUGACUUGACCGUUGAUCGCGACGUGCGGCUAGCUGAGGAGCUCGGAGUGACUCUUCGUUUCGCCCUCAACACACACGCACACGCAGACCACGUCACUGGAACUGGUCUGCUGAAGAAACGGGUACCUGGCAUCAAGUCCGUCAUUUCGUCUGCUAGUGGAGCUCGAGCUGACGUGUUGGUGGGCCACGGUGACGUCAUAGCCUUUGGCAGAUUUGGCCUCCAGGUCCGGUCGACACCAGGCCACACGAAUGGGUGUGUGACAUAUGUCCUGGUGGAGCGUACCAAGACAGCCGCGCCGUUUGCAGCAGCACUAGAGAACUCUCUUGAAGGGAACGUGUGGAGGGCAAGUGAUGGAGGUUUGGAGCGCCUGGGAAGUGCUGGGUUCUCCUUUGACAAGCUCUUAACGAGGAUGGCGUUCACCGGAGAUGCGUUGCUUAUAAGAGGAUGUGGAAGGACAGACUUUCAGGAAGGAGAUGCUGCUGAGCUGUACCGUUCAGUCCACUGUCAGAUAUUGUCACUUCCACCAGACACGCUCCUGUACCCUGCACAUGACUACCAAGGCCGAACUGUAACAUCAGUGGAAGAGGAGCGAAAGCACAACCCGAGGCUGACAAAGGGCGAGGAGGCGUUCAAGGCUAUCAUGGAUGGCCUAGGGCUGGCACCACCAAAGAAGCUCAAGGAGGCACUUCCAGCUAACAUGGCUGAUGGGGUUGUGGAAGAACAGAACACCACAAUUCUGGCUGCUUAA